UUCAAGUACAACAUGUCUGCGUUGUAAACAGUACUGCAAAUGUAUCUCUUCAGAAUACAAGAAUAUCACAUCAUACUCUGCAAUCAACGUUAGCCAGCGUAAGGUCAACACAGAAGAUGAUGAUGAUGAUGAUGAAGAUGCGGACUGCUGCACAAUUCAGGUCUCAGUUGUGGAGUCUGAAGACGCCUAGCCUCUGUCACAGAAGCUUUGCUGCCAUCUCCACUUACAAAGCUGUCAUUUUUGACAUGUAUGGAGUGCUCAUUCCGUCACCUGUCAAAGUGGCAACAGUGUUUGAACAACAGAACAGUGUUCCUCUGGGCACGCUGGGCAAGGCCAUCAGGACAGGUGGGGAGGUGAACGCGUGGAAGAGGUUCAUGCGUGGAGAGCUUGGGGCUGAGGAGUUUGUGGAGGCCUUCGGCAGGCAAUGCAGUGAGAUAGCAGGAUGUCCUGUUCCCAUUGGCUCAUUCUUGUCUGACCUGACCAGUGGGCCAAUGACCAAGCCUCUACCCGUCAUGAUGGAGGCCAUAUUGUGUGCUCGCUCCAGGGGCCUGAAGACUGCUGUCCUCAGCAACAACUUCCUCCAGCUGAACGGUGACCCCUUCCUGCCUCUGGACCACUCUCUCUUCGAUGUGAUAGUUGAAUCGUGUAGGGAGGGCCUCAGUAAGCCAGACCCCAGGAUCUACCACCUGUGUCUGAACAGACUGGGUGUCUCUGCCCAUGAAGCUGUGUUCCUGGAUGACCUGGAGUUCAACGUUAAGGCAGCUGCCCAGCUAGGGAUGCAUGCUAUCAAGGUAGGGGACCUUGCAGUGGCAGUGAAGGAGCUGGAAGGGGUGCUGGGUAUCCCCCUGUCAGGGUUUGUUCCUGGGCCUGGCUCUGGGGCCACAAAGCUCCCUAUGGACCAACUCACACAGUACCUGAGGAAGGCUCUCCAUCUGUCUGACAAAGACCCUGUUCCUGUCCAACAACUCAGCCCCAGCCAGUCAAACUCCUUAUAUCACUUGACCACUGGAGGGCGCCAUCUACUCCUGAGGAAACAGCAGAAGGGCUCCCAAGCCAUGGAGACCGAGUACAGGUUAUUGAAAGCUCUCAAUGGAUCCGGCAUCCCUGUUCCAGAGAUCAUUGGUCUGUGUGAGGACCCAAGUGUCCUGGGUGCUCCCUUCCUCUUGAUGGAGGUCUGUCUAGGGAGGAUGUUCAGUAACCCCUCCCUGCCAGGCCUGACCCCUGGGGACAGGAGGGCCUUGUACCAAGCCAUGGAACACACACUCUGCCAGAUCCACUGUCUAGAUACUAGAGCAGUCGGCCUGGAGGACUACGGCGAGCCAGUAGAUGACAUGGGGCUUCAGGUAGAGUGGUGGAGUCAGCGGUACAGGGACAGUGAGACUCUGCCCAUCCCAGCCAUGGAGAGACUGAUACAGUGGCUUCCUCUGCACCUCCCCAAACACCAGAGAUCUACGCUGAUCCAUGGCAGCUUCAGACUGGAGAACCUUGUGUUCCACCCAGAGAAGCCGGAGGUGGUGGCAGUGCUGGACUGGGGCCGCUCAAACCUGGGUGACCCCCUAUCAGACCUGACUUUCAGCUGCAUGGCUCGCUGCCUGCCCCAGGACAACCCACUACUGACAGGUAUAUCUGACAAGGGCCUAGAACAGCUGGGUAUCCCCAGUGUGGAGGAGGUGAUAGGGCAAUACAGCAGCUCUAUGGGUCUGGAGGAGGGAGUCCCGGACUGGCAGUUCUACAUGGCCUUCCAUCUCUUCUGCCUGGCAGCCAGCCACCAGGGGGAGAGCAAGAACACCAUCGCAGGACAAACCGGCUCUGGGAGGAUAGCUGAGCAGGUGGCUGACCUGGCCUGGGACUUUGCCACCAAAGAGGGCUUCCGUAUCUUCAACGCAAAGCCCAGUACGCCUCAUGCAGGCACCUCCCCUUUAAAGGGGCAAAUAGCAGGGUGACUGCUUUCUUGUUUUUAGGAUCCAGGAUUGCCCCUUUAAGACAAGAUUUCCGUAGCUGAAGUGAUUGGCGGCGUAGAGGAAGUCGUCUUAGUUGAGUCUAAAAAGCAUUAUUUAGCUCCAAAUAAUGCUUUUUUUGGCGCUUAAGUACGUGUACAUUACUACAUUUAUGCCCGGGAUAUUGUUUUUCAACGGGAAGAGUUCAAAAAUAACUGGAGCGGGACUUUAAGGGGUGUCUUAGAGAGGAUGACUUCUCAUCCUACCCAGACUUCCAGAGCUCAGCUGUUCAUCCACUAUUCCCUCCAGGAGCCCUGGGCAGAGAGCACCCAGGGCUACUGCCUCAGCCAGGAAACGGCACCCUUCCCUGGGCUGGGCUGGGCUGGAUUGCCCCUGGUCGUAGAUGAGCUAAAGCUGAUAGGCGGUUGCCGUGCCUCAACAGUCACCUGAAUCUUUUGCACUUGUUUUUCUCUUCAUGGCUUUUUCUGCUGAUAGCGGCUGUUUCCAAGAAGGGUUUACUUGCAAUAACUGUGUUUGUCUUUUUCCAACAGACCUGCACCUCUGGACAAGAGUAUCUGCUAAAUGAAUAAAAUGUAAAUAUCUGAUAAGGUCUUGUUGAUCUGAGAGAUUACAGUUCGCUUGACUAUUUCUCAGAUUCAGUUUACAUUUGUUCAAAGUUUAUAGAGCCUGAUGAUGCUAUGGUCAGCAAUGAUUGUCAAGUGCUCCUGGGCUUUACUCAACCAUUAUUCAAAUUUAAAUAAACCACACAAAGUAUCCAGUCAGAGAUGUCAGUAUAUUGAAUGAUUGCAUGACACAACCACAGUCUCUGUUAUAACAUUGUAUCUUCUGUGAUAUCAAAAUAAAGUAUAUCACUCUUUUUUACA